ACUGCUGACUCUCUAAUAAGAAGGAACAGACAUGGGCUUUAAUUUCGGCGGCUGCAUCCAUGAAAUUCCAGGAAUUUCUGUGGACUGCUUUGAUAAUAACAAGUUUCACGAAUGCUCUACAUUCUUCCUCACUCACUGCCACUCAGACCACAUGAAGAAUUUGUUCAUGGGAUUCAAAUCAUUCGUCAGAACAAGCAACUCGUUGCUAAAACUGUAUUGCACUGUGGAAAGCGAGACAAUUCUGAGGAACAUGGCACUAUUCGCCUUGGGAGAUGAUGGAACUGCAGUCUUGGACCAAAUUGUGACAAAAAUGGUGUUUGAUCGAGAAUACGAACUCGACAUAGAUGGCAUUCAAGUAAAAGCCACCGCAAUAAGGGCAAAACACUGCGCGGGAUCAUGCAUGUUUCUGUUCAAGACUGAAUGCAGCACCGUGCUUUUCACUGGCGACUUUCGCUACUACCGAAACCAGCUGAGAUUUAUUUCCGCCCUCCACGAUGAGGACAACAACAAAAUUCAACUGGACAACAUCUACCUGGACACCACUUUCUUGCGCGAGAGCACCAAAUCUUUUCCCACGAAAAGGCAAGUUCUCCUGCGCAUCAUCGAGGAGAUCGAAGAUUUCAGAGAGGGCAACCCCAAGAGCAAUGUGCACAUUAAAAGACCUGCAAAUCUGGGGUCGGAGUUGAUUAUUAAAGUGCUGGCAACAGAGUUCAGGUGCAAAAUCCACGUUGAGGAAUAUGUGUACGAUUUGUACGAGGGCAUCAACCACGUCCACCGACAUUUGACUACUGAUCCUUAUGAGACCUUCAUUCACAUGUGCAAGCUGGGCACUCCAGGCACAGAGAAAAGAGCGUGCCAACAGUCGCACGCGCUUAAGAUUCAUCCCACUGCAUUGUGGUUCGCUUUCCAGAACUCUCCAAAGUGGGUGCAGAGUGAUGAUAAGGGACGAGUGAAAAUCGCACACUCCAUGCACGCUUCUGGAAAGGAGCUGAAAGGGUUCAUCAACUAUUUCAGGCCCGGCAAAGCCGUCGCUUUGGCCUGUUCUGACAACAGCUCCAUUGAAGAUGUUCAAGAGGAGCUGGAUAAGCUGGUUUUGAGAUCGUCGCGCUAAGGAGCGGUUGUCUUUUCCAUUUUUUUGAAUAAUUUAUAAUUAUAGCUAGAAUUAUAGCUAAAAUACCAAGUUACAAUGAAAUUCUAUAUUGAUUUUGAUUAGAAUGCGUAUUGUAGAAAAUACACUUUGCCAUUUGCGCCAUUACUGAGUGUUUUCAUAUAUUUCCGAUUUAUAUGAUAAUUUUGCUAAUAAAAAGGAAUAAACUGAAUUUAA